AUGAAAUAAUUAAUAGCAAUUCAACUAUUGAUUUGCUUAUCUCUAGCCAUUACAGCCUAGGAUGACCUAGUUAAAUCGGAUGACUUAAAAGAAUACACAGAUGGCGUAUUUGAUUUCAAAGGCUAAAUGUAUUCAGGGUAUCUGAAAGCCAUAGAUGAUGAUAAAACCUAUUUUCAUUAUUAUUUUAUGACAUCCACCUUUGAAGAUGAUUUCACUGAAGAAAACACUCCAGUCAUGCUAUGGCUGAAUGGAGGACCAGGUUGCUCAUCACUCUAAGGAGCAGUGAAUGAAAAUGGGCCAUUUGUAUUCAAGGACGGAACAGCUGAAUUCUACGAGAACAAAUGGGCUUGGACAAAAUUUGCACAUAUGUUGUAUUUAGAAUCCCCCGCCAAAGUAGGUUAUUCGUAUGGUAAUGGCAAUGUGAAUGAUGACACAGUGGCAAUAUAGAAUUUGAGAGCACUUGUGGAUUUUUUUGAAAGAUUUCCAGAAUAUUAGGCCAAAGACUUUUUCAUAGCCGGAGAAAGCUAUGCUGGAAUCUAUAUUCCAUUGUUAGCUAAUUAAAUACUGAAGCAUAAUGAAUAGCAUCCUGACAAAGCCAUCCAUCUAAAAGGAAUCAUGAUUGGUAAUGGUUGCACUCAUCCUACUGAAUGCAGUGAUGUGGCCGACCUUUAUCCCAUCCACACUAUUGAGUUCUUUGCUAGACAAGGCUUUCUCAGUGAGGAACAAUACAAAGUCGCUUAACAUUUAUAAAAUAGUGGGAAAUGCUCAGAUUUACAUAAUUUACAUGGAGAUUGUUUCGAAUUUUUGGAUCAAGUCGUUAAUUAAUAUUAUGAAUCACCAUCAGUGUUUCUCAUGAAUCCAUACAAUAUCUAUGGUUAUUGUUACAAUUACAAACCUGAACAAUUUUUGCUAAGGAAAAAUGAUCCCAUGUUGAAAAAAUUCAAACCAAAAAAUAGGUAAAACGAUGAAGAAUUCGGUUCAUGUACUGAUGACAAGGGAUUGUAUGUUCUUUUUAGAGAUCCAAAAUGGAAAUAGAUUACUCAUAUUAAACCUGAUAGUUCUGAAUGGGAUGUCUGUACUGAUGAUGACGAUUUCGUUUAUGAAAAAUUUGAAAGGCAAUCAUAUUACAUUUAUGAAUCUCUUAUUAAAUCAAAGAAGAUUAGAAUCAUGCAUUUUAGUGGAGAUAUUGAUUCAGUUGUACCUAUAACUGGUACUUUAUUUUGGAUUCAAUUGCUACAAAAUGAAUUAUAAUUAUCAACAACUGAAAAUUGGAGAGCUUGGUAUGUUCCAGGGGAAAGGACAGUGGAUAAAUAAUAAAAUGCAGGAAGUGUGUUUUCUAUUGAAGGAUUGCAAUUUGUCACAGUCAGAGAUGCUGGACAUAUGGUACCAACAGAUCGUAGAAAAGAGGCUUAUUGGAUGGUCAAAUAUUUCAUUCUAGAUCAAAAACUUCCAGAUAAAGAAAAAUCCAUUUCUGUAUAAUGAUAUAUAACAUUAAAAUAAUAAAUUUUAUUUAUAUA